UUUCUUUUAUUAUUUUGACUGUUGCGUGAGUUGGACACCAUCGUAAUGGGAGAAUUUCAUGCAUGGAAUAUGUACAUGGAAUACGUAAGUGCAUAUCUACCGAGAAUACUGUUUGUGUUUGUAGUUUGUUUGAAUUUCUUAACCAAUCUUUAUUCUUGUUAAACAACAUGUAGAUAAGUUCUCACCGAUGCAAUGAUAAUCUCCUAGAGAGAUAAGUGUUAGGUAUGAUGAUCUCUUGGAGCUUAUACAUGGGUGACGAUAUAUGGGUACAAGUAUUAUCUAAGAAGAAGAAAUAGGGAUUGAGAUUAUCCUCACAAUUUGCAUGACCUCCUCAAUAUGUCCCUUCUAGUUGUAUAUCAAGCGAGAAUCAAACACGAUAUACUUGGUGCAAGAACACAAAAUACUAGACUAGCGAGCAAAGUGACACCCUGCCAAUACAUUCAUAAUGUAGAGUUGCGUUUACAUUAGCCUGAUGACAAAUAUUCACAUAAAUUCAAAGAAUGACAUCUAACUACUCCAAAUAGUGCACAUUAAUCAUACAUAAAUUUUGAAUAAGGAUGAUGUAAGUUUACUUUUUUUAAUUAUAUGUUACUUAAGAGAUUUGAACCUGAAAUUUCAAUGUUUAACACUAAUGAUAUUUACCACUAAAUCAAAUUCUUAUUGGCAACCAUACGAUAAUUUGGUCACACACCAACAUCAUAAAAAAUUUCCACACUUCGGAUCAUUCAAGUUUAGUAAUCAGUUCAUUGAAAAUUUAAGUAAUUAGUUAAUUGUCCUAUGGAUAAAUUUGUUUUCUUAGAUUCAUAUGUUUGUAUAAAAUAAUGUUUCUCUACUCUUGUCUUUCGAUUCCCUCCCUCCCUCCCGCCACUCAGUCAAAAGACUCUAUCUUUGACCGAGUCUUUGUCCCUUUCCUUUGCCUUUCCCCCCUUUGUUUAUUUCUUUUGCUUUCAUGUCUUCUUCUCUUUCCCUUUUGAUUUCUCUUUUUUUUCUCCCCCAUUUGAUGUUCUUUGCAGUUAGUUUCCAUUUUCCGAUGACUUCUGACAGGCAACCCAACCCCAGGAAAUGAACUGAAGAAAGAGUAAAAGAAAGUGGUGAGGGAAAAGAGUUCCAUAGCUCUAGAUUGAGGGAUAUUUUGUUUUGGUAAGUAGAUAUAGGAAGGUUUCAAUAUAGGAUUUGAGUAUACCAUUGUUUUCUCACAUUGUGUUGUUGUCUGUAGAAGUAAUAAAUGUAAUACUGUAAUUCAUCCUUUUUGUUUGGCAGGUUGUGAGUUGGUCAUUGUUAAUCCAUAUGGCAAGUAAGUGACAGGAGAGUUAGUGCCCAGUAGUCGGUGUUCUUUGUACAUCGAGAUUUAUGGUGAAAUCAAAAUCUCACCGAAACUAUUCUAUGUAGUUGUAAACAUAAAAUUAAAUUGUUUUUGACUCAAAACAUUAUCCAUCUAUCAAGAAGUGUCCCCGACCUCAAUUUGAAUCGAGAUAUGAUUAGAAUCUUCAUCAUCUUUUGCAAUUUGGUUGCUAAUUCAAUUUCCAAAGUCAACAACAAUGGAUCUCUCUCCAAAUGACGUUAUAUCUUUUGACGUUAUACUAGUAGUCUAAGCUUGGCUCGACCACCUUCGCUUUGAUAUGAUGAAACCCAAUGUUUGCUUGAAAAGAAAACAAUUAUGUGACAUUCUACAUAGUUAUGAUCUAUUUGAUCGGAGAAGUGAUAUAAACAAUGCAUCAAUUAUCAAACCCUUGGAUAUACAUAUACUCAGCUUCAAGGAAGAAGACAAUUUGUGAAGUUUUUAUUUUCAUUAAUCCUUGCAUUAGAAAAAUGAGAAGACAACUGUGUUUGUAUGGAGACAACAUAGCCGUCAACUUGAAGCAAUAGAGCAAAUUGGAUGACUAGGAGAAACUAACCACCAUUAGAGCAUCAAAUUAAAUUGCAGAGCUUUGGGCUGUCAUAUCUUGGGUUCGUAUGGGCCUGGGCCUGGGCCUGGGAGAUAGGACCUUAUGGAAUUAUGGGCGACGAACAGAGCCGGGCCGGCUACCCUGACGAUGGAGCCCAUCUAUACACCAUUUCAACCGCUGAAUCCACCAAGAUGGCGGAGAAGAGAGCUACACUCUAAGCCUGUAAUACAGAGGGUUGGCAACAAUGACCAAAGAAAUGGUCACUUCACUCUGUUGGCAAUAGAAGGAAAAAUCCCUGAAAAUUUUAUACUCGUGUUGGCAAACAAUUUGGGAUCUCAGCUCUUAUGUGCCAGUUUAAUCAGCAGUAUGAGAAAUGGGUGGGGCUCCCAGCAGACCAGGUGCCUAGGGCACAAGUCCCGAUAAUGCGAUCUUCAGCUCAAUUGGAUGAUUCCCAUUUGGUUUGCAUGUGGGACGGGGCUACUAAGGGUGGGUCUCAUUCGGCUGGUGGGAUGGUUCUUUUUGACCCCACGAGGACACUCUUACUGGCUAGAGGGAUCCAGUUUGCUCAAAUGGAUGAUCCUGCAGUGGUGGAAUUGCUUGGGCUUCGUGAGGCUAUUAUUUGGUGUAUGGAGCAAGGUUUGUCGGCGGUCCGUUUUGAGGGCGAUGCGAAAGUGAUAAUUGAUAAAAUUAAUCAGGCCGACACAAGAGAUAGCCGGUUGGGUGCGGUGCUUGAAGAGGUUGUUCAUUAUAUUCGUACUCAGUCUGGCUUUAGUGUGCGUUUUGUAGGUCGGGAGAACAAUAGGGUAGCUCAUUUGGUAGCUAGGAAAACCCUUUCUUUGUAUCCGACUAUGAGUCGCUUCUUUGAUUUUCAGACCUGGCUGGUUUCCAGGGUGUAACUAUCUUCUGCAAUGGGUUCUUCCAGGGUGUAACUAUCAAUAUAUGAUAUCUUUUGAAAAAAAAAAAAGUGUUGAUCGUAUGAAACAGUUGGAGGCUUUUGCGUCCUUGUUCAAACGAAUGAAACAGUUCCCUUAUGAAUUGAACAAUGGGUUCUUCCAGCUAACAUACCCCAGCCCAGUAAAGCUAAAAGACUGUCCACGACCCACUGCGAAAUGCUGCCCACUGUCCACCAACCUCAAAUUUCCCAGUUCUUAACAAAACAACAACAGCAGUUGUGCAAAACUGCGACAGAGAGAGAGAUCACCCCUUUCAACAGAGACAAAAACGAAAGGGGGGAAAAAAGAGAACAAGCUAAG